UCUUUGCAUUGUGUUUUUGCGCCUUGCGACAUAAACAUCACAAGGUAAUCCAACGGAUAGGGUAGAAUCCAGAGAAGGCGGCAGAAAAGUGUUUGAAAAGUGUAAAUCGCCGCAGUAUUGUUAUUAAUUAUUUGCAAGUCAAAUAACGAAACGGAAUUCAGUGCUUAACAUUCUAACCAAUUUGUUGGCGCAAAAUGGCAUCCGGAGGCUUGACAUGUGUCAAAUACAUAACAUUUUUCUGCAAUCUUCUAUUUGCGCUGAGUGGUUUACUCAUCUUGAUGGUGGGCGCCAUGGUGCAACUGAACUAUGCGCAUUAUUCAAACUUUGUCAGUGAUCACAUUUGGACUGCGCCGAUUAUCUUGAUGAUUGUGGGCGCAGCCGUGGCGUUCAUCUGUUUCCUGGGCUGCUGUGGUGCACUGAAGGAGAAUAGCUGCAUGAUUCUCAGUUUUGCUAUAUUGGCUGUAGUUAUAUUUGCUUUGGAGAUCGGACUGGGAAUUGCUGGUUAUGUGAAGCAUUCGGGAUUGCAGCAGUUAAUGGAAACACAGUUUAAUACCACUAUGAAACAUUACAAAGAACGAGAUGACUAUCGUGAUGCCUGGAAUCUGUUGCAAACUGAGCUGGACUGCUGUGGCACUUAUGGUCCCAACGAUUGGGAUGGCAUCUUCCCCAACAAGACACUCUCGCCGGCAUGCUGCAAGCUGAUCAAUUUAAGCGAGGCUAAGGAAUGCACAACAUUGCAUGCCAUCGAUCAGGGUUGUUUAAAUAAGCUGUUGGGCAUUCUGGAUUCAAAGACUUUGGUGUUGGCUGGUGUCGUUCUUGCUGUGGCGGGUAUACAGCUGCUCACUAUCCUAUUUGCCUGCUGCUUGUAUCGUUCGUUUCGCCGGAGCUACGAUCACGUUUAGGAUGCGUAGUGAGGAUCCCACAUACCGAUUUUAAAGGGAGCCUUUUUUGUAGUUUUUAGUUUGGUUUAACUCGUUGCCGUCUCUACGAAGCUCGUUAAUAAGUAAGAAGGAAUACUCAAAACAAGAAGAAAACAAACUUGAAACAAUCAUCACAAAAACAAACAUUAAGUUACAUUUUGUCAAUCCUAACUGUUGUCCAAACAUUCCCACUUUUAAUUUGUUAUUACUAUUGAUAUUUUAAAACUUGUUAAUGUUAUUUCGAGCUUAGAUGUGCUGAGCAGUAUUCACCCUAAGCUAAUACUACAUACCUACAUACUUAAAUACUCAAACAUUUCUCUUGAACAUUUGGUCAAAUGUACUUUCAUUAAAAGUGAAUUGCAUAUUGUUAAUUGAAUUUUGAUUUGUCUAUCCCAUUUGCCAACGCAUUCGCCCUUUUCGCCACACCACACAUUCCCAUAUGCAUAUUAAAUAUAAUUAUUAUAAUAAUAAUAAUGUACACAUAUGUUAAUAUUAUGCCACACUUUACAUCGCUUUAAAAAGUGGCCUUGCAAAGAAAUGUAUGUGGUACUAAAAAUGCAUUUAGAAUGUUUACAGUCGAUAUAACUGAUUCAGUGUGUGUGUGCGUGUAUGCGGUUUAGCCCCUCAAAAGAAACCCACCAUAUCCCAUCUACAAAUACUUGUUUUAGAUAUCCCUUUAUGGAUUAGAAGCAUUCGAUUGGUAAUAUGUUAUAUAUCAGAAAACUGCAUUUUACACAAAUACUCGUACAUAAUUUAGUAACACACAUACAAAUAUUAUAUAUAUAUAAGCAUAUUUAUACAAUGAAAAUUUAUGUGACUGUAGAAUUUAUUGUGUAAAUCAAUUUGGAUGAAUUUUACAUUACUUGGCAACUCGAAUUUACAGUUUUCUAACAAAACAAAAUACUACAAUUAAAUUAACUUCAAAUUGAAAAUUGGAAAUUAAUUUAGGAACAUGCAUAUUGCAUAUUUCGGCUCUAAUAAAUGCGACCACAGAUCAACAUUUAAUUAUUCGAUGUUAGAUUUAAUAAUUGCAACACGCAAAUACGUAAUAAGUAAGCACUUAAAUGUCUAAAAUGCAAGACUCAGCACGAUUAAUUGUAUCAUAUACGAAUAAAUCGUAUAUUUUAAUUAGAUUGUACUUUUUUAAGAUCUGAGUUGAAGCGAUUGUGCAGCACUGAAAAAACUUAAAUAAAUAAACUAUUGAAAACA